AGAUGAGGGAAAUAAUCAUGGCCGCAUUUUCCUUGAACUUGUAAAAUCGGGGGUUAUGGUCGGCUAAGAAAUGGUUUUGAAUAAUUCUGGACGACUGAAGAAAGGGCAGAGAGAUACUGGCAUAUCUAACUGGAGCAGGAAUGAUGAUGGAAUGUCACUUGAUGUGCGUCUCAGUCGCAUGUCCAAAAUUGAUGCCAUGGACUCAAAAUUUGGUUUUGGUAGGUACAAGGAGCCCACAGAAAGACUUGGUUGGCUGAUUAAUAUGCACCCUAAUGAAAUUCAAGAUGAAGACAAAAAGUUGAUCAGUUGUGUUGAUUAUUAUUUUGUUCAAGAUGAUGGUGACAGAUUCAAGGUCUCUCUCCCAUUUCGGCCAUAUUUUUAUGUUCUGGCAAAAAAGGACACUGAAAGAGAGCUGGCAAAUCAUUUGAACAAAAAGUAUUCUGGUUUGAUAGCAGCCAUUGAAACUGUUUCAAAAGAAGACUUGGACUUAGCCAAUCAUCUAACUGGACUGAAAAGAAAUUACAUCAAGAUCUCAUUUUUCAAUGUGAAUGAUUUAAUCAAAGUCAAAAGAGAUGUCAUGGGUAUGGUUCGGAAGAACAGGGAUCACCAAAAGGCCCAAGCAACGUAUGCUAUGUUCAUGGGCGAUAACGAGGACCAGCAGGAGGCGAAAAGGCUGUCAAACCAGCUAGAAAAUAUCAUUGAUAUCAGAGAAUACGAUGUACCAUAUCAUGUGCGUGUUUCCAUUGAUCUCAAAAUCAACGUUGGCCAUUGGUACGACGUGAAAGUGAAAGGAAUCACGUAUGUCGACAUCAAGCAACGGACCGAUCUUCUUCACAGGCCUGACCCUGUGGUUUGUGCAUUCGAUAUUGAAACUACGAAGCUACCUUUAAAGUUUCCAGAUUCGUCAAUCGAUUCGAUCAUGAUGAUCUCAUACAUGAUUGAUGGGCAGGGAUAUCUGAUUACAAACAGAGAGAUCGUCUCCCAAGAUAUCGAAGAUUUUGAGUACACCCCAAGACCAGAAUUCGAGGGUCCAAUCAUUGUGUUCAACGAACCAAAUGAGGAGUCCCUGCUAAGAAAGUUCUUUGACCACAUGGUUGAAGUGAAACCAAACAUCUUUGUGACGUACAAUGGAGAUUUCUUUGACUGGCCGUUUGUUGAAGCAAGAGCCAAAGUUCAUAACAUGGAAAUGGAGAAAGAAAUAGGUUUUCAACCAGAUACACAAGGAGAAUACAAAUCAAGACAUGCUAUUCACAUGGACGCAAUCAGAUGGGUGAAAAGAGAUAGUUACUUGCCUGUGGGGAGCCAAGGUCUCAAAGCUGUCACCAAGGCAAAGCUGAGGUAUGAUCCAGUACAACUGGAUCCAGAAGAUAUGUGUAGAAUGGCCAGUGAAGAACCAAGAGUCCUUUCGAACUAUUCAGUUUCUGAUGCUGUGGCAACCUAUUACCUCUAUAUGCAAUAUGUGCACCCCUUCAUAUUUGCCCUUUGCACCAUCAUUCCAAUGGAACCAGAUGAGGUCUUGCGGAAAGGAUCAGGCUCGUUAUGUGAGACAUUGCUGAUGGUACAAGCGUUCCAUGCCAAUAUCAUUUUCCCAAACAAACAGGAACAGGCAUUGAAUAAGUUCACGAGUGAUGGGCAUCUUCUUGAAAGCGAAACAUAUGUCGGUGGUCACGUGGAAGCUCUAGAAUCUGGCGUUUUCAGAAGUGACAUUCCUUGCAGAUUUAGGCUGGUGCCCAAGGCUUUCGACAUGUUGAUAGAAUCGGUUGCAGAUACGUUGCAGGACACAAUCGAAAGGGAAGAGAAAGUGCCCCUAGAACAAGUCACAAACUUUGAUGAUGUCUGUGCCGAUUUGAAAAGAAAGCUUGGCGAGUUGCGUGAUACUCCUGCCCGUCUCGAAAACCCCAUGAUUUACCACUUAGAUGUAGCUGCAAUGUAUCCAAAUAUCAUUUUGACAAAUCGUUUGCAGCCUCCUGCUAUGGUUGAUGAGGUGAUAUGUGCUUCGUGUGAUUUCAAUCGACCAGGUGCAAAAUGCCAAAGGGCUAUGGAUUGGAUGUGGAGGGGCGAUUUCUCGCCGGCAUCAUAUAAUGAGUACCAAAACAUCAAGCAGCAGUUGGAAGUUGAAACAGUUGCAGGGGAUAAUCCUGGAGAUCCUCCAAGGCCUUUUCAUUCUUUGCCACCGCAAGAGCAGGCGAGGAUGGGCAAAAAACGGCUUGCAGAUUAUUGUCAUAAGGCUUACAAAAAGACAAAAGUUAUCAGAGAGGAGAAGAGAAAGACUAUAAUUUGCCAAAGAGAAAAUUCCUUCUAUGUUGAUACUGUGAGAGCUUUUCGGGAUAGAAGAUAUGAAUUCAAGGGUCUUUUGAAGGUUUGGAAGAAGAAACUUGGAGCUGCUGUAGAGAAAGGAGAUCCUGCAGAAAUAAAAUAUGCCAAAGGAAUGGAGGUUUUGUACGACUCAUUGCAGCUGGCUCACAAGUGUAUCCUAAACUCCUUUUAUGGUUACGUAAUGAGAAAAGGCUCCAGAUGGUUUUCGAUGGAAAUGGCUGGUAUCGUUUGUUACACUGGAGCUAAUAUAAUCACGCAUGCGCGAGAGAUUGUAGAGCAGAUUGGGCGACCUUUGGAGUUGGAUACUGACGGAAUUUGGUGCAUCCUUCCUGCAAGUUUUCCUGAAAACUAUGUUAUAAAAACGUCAAACCCAAAAAAGCCGAAGGUCGUCGUAUCAUACCCAGGUGCAAUGCUAAACUACAUGGUUAAGAAAUACUUUACCAACCACCAAUAUCACGAACUGACUGAUCCUCAGAAGAUGAAAUAUGAAGUUCAAAGCGAAAAUUCCAUCUUCUUUGAGGUUGACGGGCCUUACAAAGCAAUGAUAUUGCCAGCGUCAAAAGAAGAAGGCAAGAAACUAAAGAAAAGAUACGCCGUAUUCAAUGAUGACGGGAGUCUUGCAGAAUUGAAGGGUUUUGAAGUGAAACGUCGAGGCGAACUCCAAUUGAUCAAGAUAUUCCAGUCGUCCGUCUUCGAAUCUUUUCUGAAUGGAACCACGUUGCCUUCAGUUUAUGAAUCGGUUGCCAAGGUUGCAGACUAUUGGCUUGAUAUUCUCUACACAAAGGCACAGAAUCUUCCUGACACCGAACUGUUUGAACUAAUUUCUGAAAAUCGCAGCAUGUCUCGUACCCUUGAAGAAUAUGGAUCUCAAAAGUCCACAUCGAUCAGUACUGCAAAAAGGCUUGCUGAAUUUCUCGGGGAUCAAAUGGUGAAAGACAAAGGCCUUAGUUGCCGGUUUAUUAUUUCAAGGAAGCCGGAAGGUGCCCCGGUUACAGAAAGAGCGAUUCCACUGGCAAUUUUCCAAACUGAAGAUAGCAUCAAAAAGCAUUACCUGAAGAAGUGGCUGAAAAGUGCGACGGAUUUCGACAUUCGGUCAAUUUUGGAUUGGGACUACUACAUAGAGCGACUGAAUAGUUGCAUACAGAAAAUCAUCACCAUACCAGCUGCAUUGCAGGGAGUGACAAACCCAGUGCCGCGGUGUCGUCAUCCAGACUGGCUUCAUAAAAAGCUGUUAGAGAAGAACGAUGUUUUUAGACAGCACAAGAUAAACGAUAUGUUCCUCCCAGCCAAAAAGGAUCCAGCAGGCGUCCCAAUAAACCCUGCAGGUAACCAGGAUUCAGUUAAUGACAUCGAAGACUUUGGAUCACAAAAAAGACCACGCAGUUCCCCCAAUGUUCCUAUAUCAACUAAGAGACGAAAAAUUGAUGGCAAGAGAAGCGUCGAUUCUGAAUUUCACGAAGACGACCUUAUUAAACACUGGAAAGUUGUCUUGGGCGAUCCCCCUAAACAGGGCACAACCAAGGAUGAGCUGUUGGAAUGGGUCAAAUUUCAAAAGAAGAAAUGGCGUUUUCAGUCGCAUCAAAGAAAAGCAAGACAGCAGCUUGGAAAGGAGGCUGGCUACGUAGCCACCGCCCCUGGCCGAGCUCAAUCGAGCGGACCUCAAGUCGGCCUCACUGGGUUCUUUAGAAGACAAGCGCAGUCUAUUCUGGAAUCUCCCUGGCAAAUUGUUCAGAUAACAGAGGCUGACACCCCAGGGAUUUUUCGCCUUUGGGCCAUGAUUGGGCAGGAACUGCAUUCCAUCAAAGUAAAUGUGCCGCGAAUUUUUUAUGUUAACUCAAGAAAGCAAAAGGAAGGUGAAGGGGCAACAUGGCGACGUGUUUCCAGAACACUUCCGCGCUCCAACCCAUCAUUCUUCCUAUACGAGUAUGCAGUGCCAGAAGUAGUCUUCAGAGAGCACAUGAGCGAACUGUCCGCAGAUUUGUCUUCGCCCGAUAUCGAGGGAAUAUAUGAAACUCAGGUGCCGCUCAAUGUUCGUGCAAUCAUUCGCCUCGGAUGUGCUUGUCAGGUCAACAGGAUCACCGCAAAAGCUUUCGCUGGCAAAGAGCUAGAGAUUUUUGACUUGGACCAGCUUGAGUUUAAGACCCUUGCGGAGGUGGAUUACCUUGUGAAAUCGCAAAUCAAGCAUAUUUAUUUCUAUCACUGUCAGCUAGAAAAUCGAGCUGUGUUUUGUCUUUUCUUUCCACCAACCCAAAAGGCGUCUGUAUUUGUCCUCAACACCGUAAGAAGCAACCAGAUGCCAAAUUUGCAGUCAUUGUAUCAGGCAGAAAGAUCUCUUAAGAUGCAAGAGGCUGAGGAUCAAAACGAGGUCUUCCAUGGCCCUGCAGAGGCAUACUCCUUUGAAGUUAGAGUAGAAACAAAUUCAAAACUGCUUCAUCGAGCGAUUCACCGUGCGCUUAUUGGAUACAAAGAAGAAAAACGUGGACCAACGAUGCUGCUUAUUCAAUCACCGUUAGAUCAAGAACACGUUAAGUCUCUCAUUCCAAGUGUGUCUGAAUUUCCUGUCGUCGAAAUGCCACCCCCAGAAAGUGACGCAAAUCAAUUCACGGCUUUGGAUUGGCAGAGACAAGCUGCAAAGAAAAUCAUGCGGGCUUUUUUUGAGGUUGAUCGAUGGAUCGAGAUGCAAUUAGACAACGCGAGGUAUUUCCAUAUUCCUAUUGGCAAUAUUCCUCCAGUUGACCCAACAUUGUUUGCGUCAGACAUUUUCUUUGCAAGAAAUCUGCAGAAGAACAGCCAUCUUAUGUGGAUCACUCCGACAGAGCGGCCCGACCUUGGCGGCAAAGAAGAGGACGAUAACAGGUUGGUGACUGAAUUCGACGAAGGGGGAAGAAGUAUGGAAGUGAACCAUCCCUGCUGUUAUCCGACAAUAUGUGUUGAAAUCUCAGUCGACGGUUUAGCAGUCAAUACUGUCAUCCAAUCACACCAUGUCCACGAUGCAGAGGGCGGCGCAGGAACCGCUGUCAGUUUUGAUUCACUGCCCCAGGCCUCUCUGGAGGAGCUGAUCAAAGCCGGACCGGGUGCGGUUUCGACGCUUACGAGCUAUGACGAGGCAGCUUUGUGCUCCACAGCGUUCAGAGUCUUGAAAGGGCUGAUUUACAACUGGCUUCACGAAGUUUCGUCCAAUCAAAACCCAUUGGCUGACAACCAACUCAUUCAUUUCUAUCGCUGGCUUCGUUGUCAGACAUCUAUGCUGUAUGAUCCAGCCCUCUGCAAAAUGAUCCAUGGCCUUAUGAAGAAGCUUUUCAUGCAGUUGAUUGCAGAGUUCAAAAAGCUAGGCUCAACAAUUGUAUAUGCAAAUUUCAACAAGAUUAUACUUUGCACAAAGAAACACAAUGUGAAAGAUGCACUUGCUUAUGUCCAUUUCAUUCUCAAGAGUAUCCAGUGCAAAGAUCUUUUCCAUAGUAUUGACCUAGCUCCAACUGCAUGCUGGGAGUAUUUAUACUGGAUGGGUCAGGCGAAUCACGGAGGCAUAAGAGGAAUAAUCCCUAAAAAGUUUGUAGAAGAUCCUGAUGCAUUUUGUGACAGUGAAUCGAAUGAGGAUCCAAAUGUGGAGGAGCUUGAUGGAAGUGUGCUUGAGGAUGACGUCAUUGAAACAAAUCCCAACGGACAAUCUCAAGUCGAAAUGAACUGGAAUAUCGUCAAUUUCCUUCCAAAGGCAGCUUCAUGUCAAGAGUUUUUUAAGGUUGUGAUUGCGGGGCAUAUUCAUGCGGUCUAUACCAAAUUGAAGGAGCAAAAUGCUUUGAGAAAGUCAGAUGACACUCCGUUAAGGAGGUCUGGAACCCAGGCCCAGAAAAUGGCAGAAACAUCGGCCACGCCUGGCAGCGUGGAAUUCGCACAGUCGCGGAUAAAAAGCGAGCUUACUGAACAGCUGUUUAGUAUAACUCAAAGAAUCCAACGUACUUUAAGUGGAGAAAGUGGAAAAGAUGCAAGUUCUGAUUUUCCUGUCUUGGCAGGCUCCUAUUUGCCAUUGAAAAACCCGGCAUUAGAAUUCGUCAAGUACGUGUGCCAGGUUUUGUCCCUUGAUGUUAACGUUAAGAGCCAAGUUACAAAAUUGAGGAGAGAUCUACUGAAACUCAUCGGCGUUGGGGAAUUUUCAGAAGAUGCAUUUUUCAAGGAUCCUUGCUUAUCUUUUGUUGUCCCAGAAGUCAUUUGCGAAUACUGCAACAGCUGUCGUGAUCUCGAUCUCUGCAGAGAUGCUUUCAUCACACCCCCAAGGGGAAGCAUUCCAGCGAAGAUUGAGUGUCCAGAUUGCCGCAACAACUACUCGAUGUUCGUCAUUGAAGAAGAGUUGAUUGGCAUCCUUUGCAAGAGGUCUAUGUCCUACACCUUGCAGGACCUGAAGUGCAUUAAAUGCAAACAGGUUAAAGGCCGCAACAUGAAUAUUCAUUGCGAAUGCGCAGGCGAUUACACGACACUGAUAGCGAGAGAGGCCUUCUUAGACAAACUGAAAAUCUUCAGAAGUGUGGCAAGGUAUUAUCAGAUGGACAAUUUGCAGGAAAUGACGGGCUUUUUGAUAUCAAUGAACAAAUGCUAACUUUUAUCAUUGUAAAUUAGUAAAAUGUACGAACUUGCAAGUAGGGCCAUGAUUGUCCAAUGAACAAACGCUUUUCAAUAAUGUCAAUCGGUCGUAAGGUAGUUUGCUGUAUUGUGAUAUUUAGCUUAAUAAUUUAGGUGCAGCGUAAGAAAUUCAUCUUGUACAGUUCUUUAAAUUUUAAAAGAAAGGCAAUUAAAACUCAGAGGCACGUGUCCUAUUUCAUUUGACUUUCUGCUCCACGCUGAGGCAUAAACUAAAGAUAAUUGUUUAAAGGCAAGCCCCUUUCCAUUGCUUCUACUAUUUCUUACUUGUUUUACUGCAUUUGCCAGUUGGUACUCGCUAUCUUAAUUAAGGUUAUUUCUGUACUGCUUCGUGACAAAUAAGACAGAGCCAA